UUAAUAAUAUAUCGACGGUGAGUUUUCAUAAACUAAAGUCACUUAAAUGAUCACAAAAUGUAUAAUUUCACUCCAUUGUCUAUAUAAUAAAAUUGCAAUAAUAGUAAAAGUGUAAUCGUUAUAACAAACACAAUUUAUGCAAACAAAACGGCAAUAGUGUGGGUUAUAAACGAUUGAUGACAAUUCGAUGCUUCAGAGGGAUCUUACGACCAGCGCACAGCUCUGUAAACAUCCGUGUCAACUGAUAAGGGUCACCAAGGAGACGUCGUAUUAUAAAUAGUCCUAUCUCCAGACACUUCGCAUGUUGGUCGAUCUGGUGUUUGUUAGUGCGCACCAUGAUUCCACCGGCGUUCUUUGUGGCGAGGGUAUUUCUUCCGAGUUUCUACGUUGUGCGAUGCGAUACGCUCGAUUCAUGUAAUGCAACGACGUUAUGUUCAGAUAACACUACAGUUUGUGAAAAUGGAAUGUUCCACAUACGUCGGUCAAGAGUGCCAAACAGAAACUACAACAACAACUGUCGCCACGAUUGUAACAACCGCUGCGUAAACACCCACAACCGCUGGAUCGACCCAGCCAGUUUUCACUACCCAGACACAGAGUACAACAACGGUACUGCCCACUACUUUGGCAUCUACAAGUCCGACGGAGUUAACCACAACAGUUUCAACAACAGAUGCUACUUCUCCAAUACGGACUCCAGAACCACGACGAUGUCAAAACUUGGAUAGAACUUUAAUCAAAUAUAAAUUUUAUUCCUCAUUUGUACUUUAAAAUAAACACAAACAAAAAGCUUA